AUGGGUGGGAGGAAGGGCAAAGCGCCCCAGCGCCCGGAGGGAACCGAAAAGCUAGCCUCGGGGCAGCAGGAAUCAGGGUCAGUCAGCACAGACGGCGCGCCCAGCCAGGAACGCCGAAAGAGCCGAAAGGGCCGCCGCAAGGGCCGCAGUAAGGCCCGCGGGGCGAGACUGGUCUUGGAGCCCGCCACCGCGGGAGGCCAGGAGAACCCUGGUGGGCGCAGGAAGUCCACCGUAGAGGAGAAGGGCGACUGGGGCCUGCCAGAGGCUGGGCCGCAGCCAGAGGCCAAGAGGAGCCAAGGCAGCGAGCGGCGUCGGGGAUGCGGGCCUAAGGAGAGCCACAAGCCCGAGGACGGCUGCGGAGGGUGCCUGGAGGAGAAGAGUCUCCCCCGAGGAGGAGGGCGGACACGCGAGCGCGACCGCCGCAGGCGGAGAGGAAAAGGGCACAGCCGCUCGGUUCGGCCGGGCCGCCGAGAGACCCGGGGCCUCGAUGGGGACACGUCGGGUGCAGAUGGGGGCAGUUCCUGCCGGGACAGCGAAGCCCGAGAGGCCUGGGAGAGCGGCAGCCAGGGCGGCGGGGUGCCGGAGCUGCGGCCCAACUCGGAACAAACGGACACGGGCUCUGGAGGCACCCAAACCGGUCUGGAGCCAGCGCUGGAGACGCCAGGAGAGCGCCCGAGCAGCGAUGGCAUCAGCAGCGACGGCAGGGGCAGCUACCAGCCCUCUACCGAGCCCCAGAGCCCGGAAGGGUCGUCGGGGGCGAGGCCCCAGGGAGAGAAUGAGGAUUCUGGGACAGACACGGACUCGAAUCUGGAGGGGGCCGGGCCUGGACGGAGCCCAUGGGCAGCCCCAGGAACGGCGAGCCGGGCCACUGAGGCCGAAAAGGCUGAGCCGGACGGAAAAGCCACGGCUUCUAGUCCCCUCGAGGGCAGCCGCGCACGCGUCCCCCGGAGCUUGCGGGCUUCUCGAGACCCAAAGCCGGCCCGAGACGCAAGGGACAAUGGCCUGCAGCUGGAGGCAGAGCCGCGGGGCGCCGAGCCCGUAAGAGCCGAGGCCUCGACUGCCCGGGGUCAACGCCGCCAGGUUGGAAAGGUGGUGGGGAAGGUGCAAGGUACGGCGGGAGAGAGCGUAGCGGGAACUGGAGGAGGAGACGGGUUCAGGGACCUAGCGCCGCUGGCCGCCCUAGUGGCGCUCCGCAAGCUCCCCGCGAGGCCUCCGCCAGGCCCAGGUCCCCAGGCGGCGGGCCCUCGCCCCUCCGGCCUCAAGGAGCGGCUCCGCUGCGUGGCACGGGUUCUAGGCCUUCUGCGGUGGCUUAGGCUGCGGCUCCGGCAACAGGCAGCCGGGGCGCCCGGGGUGGGCGGGGCGCGGGGGGGCGGAGGCUCAGUGGGGCUCAGGGGGCGACCAUGGGCUCCCCCUGGCGGCGGCCUGAGCUCCCCGCAGGUUGCAAAAAGCGCAGUCCCUGACGACCCUUCCGAGAACCAGGACCGGACUCCAGAUCCCAAGUUCGCGGUCGUCUUCCCCAGGAUCCACACGGCAGGGAGGGCCUCACGCAGCCGUAGUUCAGAGGAAGGGUCCGCGGACCCCCCCGCCGGGGAGGUGCGCGUUUGGCCUUGUGCAGGAGACAGUGAGGGGCACAGGGCGAGUGGAGAAGGGGUGGCCGAGCCCCUCCACAGCUCUCUCCUCGGCCCAACUUUCUCCGACGAGCCCCCACUCGACGAUAGCGGCUCCAGCAGCGAGGCGGAGCCGGAGACCUUGGGAGCCGAGGCUCCAGUGCACUGGGCGCAGAGCUCGGACGCCCAUGAGGACCCUGGGCUUGGCACCGAAGCACUGCUGCCCCGACUCACCUUGGAGACCCGCCAGCGGCGGGAGAGGAGCCCAGGCCCCCGCGGGUCCCUGAGGGAUCGGUGGGAGCCGGAGGAUGAGGCCGAGGAGGCGCUGGAGAGAGACCUGGAGCUGAGCAUCGGGCCGGGCCUGGAGGCGCUACCAUUUUCCGGCCUCGGGGACGGCCUAGAAGGCACCGAGGACCUGGCCCGGCUGCGGCUGGUGUGUGACAACUCCAUUCUGCUCUGCCUCAAGAAGAGGUUUCACCUGGGCCGAAUCUAUACCUUUGGGGGGGCCCUCCUGCUCGCUCUGAACCCCCACCGGCCCCUGCCUCUCUUCUCACCUGAGGUCAUGGCUAGCUACCUUCCCAGGAAGGCCCCCAACACCACCCGACACAUCUUUGCCAUCGCGGCAUCAGCCUAUAUCCUGUCUCAGAGCACUGGGCAGGGCACAUGCAUCCUCCUGGGGUAAACACUGCCAGCCCCUCCCCCCUGCAGUGGGCCCAGUGGCUCUGGGAAGACAGAAGCUGCGAAAAAGAUUGUGCAGUUCCUAAGUAGCCUGGAGCAGGAGCAGACGAGGGACAGAGGGUGUCAGCUGGAUGAUGUGCUGCGCAUGCUCAGCAGCUUUGGCCAUGCCAAGACAGUCCUCAAUGCCAAUGCCAGUCGCUUUGGCCAGGUCUUCUGCCUCCGCCUGCAGCACGGGGUCGUCCUGGGGGCAUCUGUGUCACAUUACCUGCUUGAGACCUCAAGAGUGGUGUUUCAGGCCCAGGCUGAGCGGAGCUUCCACGUUUUUUACGAGCUUCUGGCGGGGCUGGACCCCAUGGAACGGGAGCAGCUCUCCCUACAGGGGCCGGAGACCUUCUACUAUCUCAACCAGGGCAGGGCCUGCCGGCUCCAGGGCAAGGAGGAUGCCCAGAACUUCCCAGGACUGUUGAAGGCCCUGCAGGCACUGGGCUUGUGCGCUGAGGAGUUGACUGCAGUCUGGGCUGUGCUGGCCACCGUCCUGCAACUGGGCAACAUCUGCUUCUCCUCUUCAGAGAGGGAGUCCCGGGAGGUGGCUGCCGUGUCCAGCUGGGCCGAGAUCCACACAGCAGCCCGGCUGCUGCGGGUGCCACCUGAGCGCCUGGAGGGGGCUGUCACCAGGAGGGUCGUGGAGACGCCCUACGGCCAGGUCUUGAGAUCCCUGCCUGUGGAAAGUGCCAUCGAUGCCAGGGACGCCCUGGCCAAGGCCCUGUACUCGCGGCUCUUCACCUGGCUUCUGAGGAGGAGCAACACGCGGCUGGCACCCACCGCGGAGGGAGGCAGCGCGGACGCUGUCACUGUCGUGGACGUCUAUGGCUUUGAGGCGUUGCGAGUCAAUGGGCUGGAACAGCUGUGCAACAACCUCGCCAGCGAGCGCCUACAGCUCUUCUCCAGCCAGAAGCUACGGGCCCAGGAGGAGGAGGAGUGUCAGCGAGAGUUGCUGCCCUGGGUGCCCAUCCCCCAGCCUUCGCAGGAGUCCUGCCUGGAUCUCCUGGUAGACCAGCCCCACAGCCUCCUCAGUAUCCUGGAUGCCCAGACAUGGCUGUCUCAGGCCACGGACCACACCUUCCUGCAGAAGUGCCACUACCACCAUGGUGACCACCCAUGCUACGCCAAGCCCCAGCUGCCCCUCCCCAUCUUCACCGUGCGGCACUAUGCCGGGACUGUCACCUACCAGGUUCACAAGUUUCUAAACAGAAACCGGGAUCAUCUUGACCCUGCCGUGGUGGACAUGCUUGCCCAGAGCCAGCUUCAGCUGGUGGGCAGCCUGUUCCAGGAAGCAGAGCCCGAGUCCAGGAGAGGACGAGGCAAACCCACGCUGGCCUCUCGCUUCCAGUGUUCCCUGGGGGACCUCGUAGCCCAGCUGGGCAGGAGCCAUGUCUGUUUCAUCCAGUGCCUCAGCCCCAACCCGGGAAAGAAGCCGGGCCUCUUCGACGUGGGUCACGUGGCAGGCCAGCUGCGCCAGGCAGGCAUCCUGGAGGCCAUAUGUACCCGCAGCGCCAACUUCCCUGUUCGCGUGCCCUUCCAGGCCUUCCUGGCCAGGUUCCAGGCCCUGGGGACAGAGGGGCAGGGAGAGCUCUCUGACCGGGAAAGGUGUAGCGUCAUCCUGAACCAGGUGCUUGGGGCUGAGUCACCACUCUGUCACCUGGGAGCCACCCAGGUCCUGCUGCAGGAGCCAGGAUGGCAGCAGCUGGAGCAGCACAGGGCCCAGCAGCGCUCCCAGGCCCUGCUCACUCUGCACCGAGGCCUCCGCGUCUGCAUCUCCCGCCAGCGCCUCCGCCUCCUGCCACGGAUGCAGGCCCGCGUGCGAGGACUCCAGGCCAGGAAGCGGUACCUUCGGCGGCGGGCAGCUCUGGGGCAGCUGAGCACCAUCCUGCUGGUGGCCCGGCCCCUGCUCUGGAGACGAAAGAGAUUACAGCUUGGGCAUUGGCGUGUCUGGCACAGCAGUGGGGUUCCUGAGAAGGUGUCAAGCAUGGAGCUGGGGCGCUUGGAGAUCCCAGCUGAGCUGGCUGUCAUGCUGAAGAGAGCAGAAGGCCAUGAGCACGCCCUGGCCGAGAACAUUACCGAGUCCAUGCCCCCAGAAAUUCCGGCGCGGCCCAGCGUGACCCUCCCGCCUGACAUCGACCGGUUUCCCUUCUCCAGCUUCAUCUCCACCAGCUUCCAGGAGCCAUCCCUGCCCCAUCCCGGGCAGCUGCUGGCCAAGCCACUGACCUGGCUGGACGGUGAGGACCCUCAGCACGCCCUGGAUAUCAACAAGGUGAUGCUGCGGCUCCUGGGGGACGGGUCCCUGCCAUCCUGGCAGGAGCAGACCAUGAGCCAGUACCUGGUGCGGCAGGGGCAGCGCCGGCCCGGGCUGCGUGACGAGCUCUUCGGCCAGCUCGUGGCCCAGCUCUGGCACAACCCGGAUGAACAGCAGAGCCAGCGCGGCUGGGCCCUCAUGGCCAUCCUGCUCAGCGCCUUCCCUCCAAUGCCCAUGCUGCAGAAGCCACUGCUCAAAUUUGUGUCUGACCAGGCCCCCAGAGGCAUGGCUGCACUGUGCCAGCACAAGCUGUUGGGUGCCCUGGAGCAGACACAGCUGGCCCCUGGGUCUGCACGGGCCCACCCACCCACCCAGCUCGAAUGGACGGCCGGAUGGAGGAGGGGCCGCAUGGCACUGGACGUCUUCACCUUCAGUGAGGAGUGCUACUCGGCCGAGGUGGAGUCCUGGACCACAGGGGAGCAAUUUGCUGGGUGGAUUCUGCAGAGCAGAGGCCUGGAAACGCCUCCGCGUGGCUGGUCUGUGUCACUGUACUCCAGGGACUCCUGGCAGGACUUGGCUGGCUGCGACUUCGUGCUGGACCUGAUCGGCCAGACUGAGGACCCGGGGGACCCGGCCAGUCCCCAUAGCUACCCCAUCACUCUCGGUGGCUUAGCCGAGGACAUCCCCCCAGCCCCUAGCAUCCAGGCCCCCUCACUGCCCUCAAGUCCUCCUCCAGGUCCAGCCCCAGCACUGCCCAGCAGGGGUUGCCCAGGUGAGUCCCGGAACUCAGGGAGCCUGGAUGGCUUCCUGGACCACCUCUUCAAGCCAGUCCUCUCCCCAGGCCUCAGCGAUCUGGAGCAAGGCAGGGCUCUGAGUGGCCGCAUGAAGGGAGGGGGCUCAGUAGGGCCCAUGCAGCAAGGCAGCUACCCCGUGGUGUACCCAGGGAUGAUGCAGAUGCCCGGGUACCAGCCAGCCAUGAUGCCUGCUCCCAUGCCUAUGAUGCCAGCCAUGGGGGCUGUCCCCGCCAUGCCAGCUGUGGUGGUGCCGCCGCAGCCCCAGCCCCAGCCCCUGCUUCCCAGUGUGGAUGUGAGGCAGCUGGCAGCCCAGCAGCAGAACUUCAUCAACCAGCAGGCGCUGAUCCUGGCCCAGCAGAUGACUACCCAGGCCUUGACCUUGUCCCUGGAGCAGCAGACACAGCGCCAACGCCAGUGUCAGACCCAGGCCCCUAGAGCUGCCUCCCCACCUUCACCCCCAGCCAUCACCCCCAAGCCUGAGAACCCCCCCACCCCUCAGAAGGAGCCAGAGCGUGAGCCGGAAUUGAUGGGUGCCUACUUGAGGGAGACCUCACAAGAGGUUGAAGAUAGGCCCCGGAGGCCCAGGAGCUUCCAGCAGAAACGAGAGUAUUUCCAGAAGUUGGGGCAGCAGCAGAUCAAGGUGAAGAUGAUAAAGCCUCCAGCCAAGGUGAAGAUACCCCAGGGGGAGGAGCAGGAGGAGCUGGAAGAGGAGGAAACAAGAGCAGGUGGUGGGGAGAUGGGGGAGGGCUGGGGCCUGUGGUUCCGCACAAGGUCUCACUCUGCUUUCGCCCGGGCAGUGCCGUCGCCUCCUCCCCCACCAGUAGUGAAGAAGCCACUGACACAAGAUGAGGCCAAAGCUGCACAGGAGGCGGAGGCUGAGCCAGCCAUGGAGGCGGGGCCUGACCGUGGCUGUGAGCCGGCCCAGGACAGAGCCGUGGUGCGCAGCGCAGACCCCACGCCCCGGCGGGGGGAGCCGAGCAGGGAGAUCCGCAACAUCAUCCGCAUGUACCAGAGCCGCCCAGGCCCCGUGCCUAUGCCUGUGCAGCCAUCCAGGAAGCCCCCCAAAAAUUUCCUGAAGAAAAGCAACCCUAAGGACGAGGCUCUGGCUAAGCUGGGGAUCAACGGUGCCUGCUCACCCCCUUCGACACAGUCCCUCAGCCCGGGGAAGGGUCCCCCACCAGCUGUGGCCCCUCGACCCAAGGCCCGACCACAGCUUGUGCCGUCCAACUCCAUCAAGGAGAAGCAGGGGCCCCUUCAUGAGCUGUUUGCCCAGACCCCACCCACUGCCCAGAAACCCCCACCUCCACCAGCGCCCCCGCUGCCUCCGCUUGGGGACCCAGGGACCCCUCCAGCUGAGCUCCGCGGCUUGAGGGAGCCCAUGGGGGACCAGGGCAUCUCCACCCAGCUGCUCACGCCCUCGGGCAGCGUGUGCUUCUCCUACACCAGUGUGCCCUGGAGGUUGUUUCUGCGCAAGGAGGUGUUCUACCCCCGGGAGAACUUCAGCCACCCCUACUGCCUCCGGCUCCUCUGUGAGCAGAUCCUGAGGGACACUUUUGCUGAGUCCUGCAUCCGGAUUUCCCAGGAUGAGCGGCGCAAAAUGAAAGACCUGCUGGGAGACCUGGAGGUGGGCCUGGGCUCACUGGACACAGCCGAGGACAGUGUCAAGAAGCGCAUCGUGGUGGCCGCCAGGGACAACUGGGCCACUUACUUCUCCCGCAUCUUCCCUGUCCGGGGCGAGAGUGGCAGCGAUGUGCAGCUGCUGGGUGUGUCCCACCGGGGACUGAGACUGCUCAAGGUGAUCCAGGGCCCCAGCUUCCACCCCAACCAGCUGAAGACUCUCUGCUCCUACAGCUUUGCUGAGGUGCUGGGCGUGGAGUGCCCAGCUGGCUCCACCCUGGAGCUGUCGCUGAAGAGUGAGCAGCUGGUGCUGCACACGGUCCAGGCAAGAACCAUCAGGGCUAUGGUGGAGCUGUUCCUGAGCGAGCUCAAGAAGGACUCCGGCUACGUCAUUGCCCUGCGAAGUUACAUCACUGAUGACCACAGCCUCCUCAGUUUCCAACGGGGAGACUUCAUCAGGCUGUUGCCAGGGGCCACUCUGGAGCCAGGCUGGCAGUUUGGCUCCACCGGGGGCCGUUCCGGACUCUUCCCUGCUGACAUAGUGCAGCCGGCUGCUGCUCCAGACAUUUCCUUCUCAACCGAGCAGAGGAGCGGCCAGCACAAGAGCCAGCUGCAGCACAGAGAGUGGGGUAGGGCGUCGGAGAGCCCCACUCACCCCUGGAGCCAGGCACACAGUGACAACUUGGCCACCAGUCUGUCCCCCUCUGUGGACUCCCAUGACUACACCAUGCAGGAAUUUGCCUUGCGCUACUUCCGGAAGCCCCAAACCUUGCUGGACCAGACAGGUAGAGGCACUGAGAGGAAGGCCACGGCUACCCUGGUGCAGUACACCAAGGCUCCCAUCCAGACAUCACUCAUCAACUUCAGUGACGAGGACAUGAACAGGCAGGCUGUGGGAAGCUUCCAAGCUCUGAUGCAGUUUAUGGGGGACCAGUCCAAGCCCCGAGGCAAGGAUGAGCUGGAUCUCCUCUAUGAGCUGCUGAAGCUGUGCCGGGAGAAGGAAGACCUCAGGGAUGAGAUUUACUGCCAGGUCAUCAAGCAGGUCACAGGCCACCCGCGGCCGAAACCCUGUGCUCGAGGCUGGCGCUUCCUCAGCCUCCUCACAGGUUACUUUCCCCCGUCGACUACGCUGAUGCCCUAUGUGACCAAGUUUCUGCAGGAUUCCAGCCUGAACCAAGAGCUGGCCCAGAGCAGCCAGGAACAUCUCCAGCGCACAGUCAAAUAUGGGGGGCGCCGGCAGCUGCCCUCUCCAAGUGAAAUGAAGGCUUUCCUGAAAGGACAAGUAGUCCACCUGCUUCUAAUUCACCUGCCUGGGGGUGUGGAUUACAAGACCAACAGCCACACUUUCACGGUGGCGGCAGAAGUGCUGGAGGAGCUGUGCGGGAAGAUGGGCAUCAGGGACCCCCAGGAAGUGCAGGAAUUUGCCCUCUUCCUCAUCAAAGGGGAAGGCGAGCUGGUGCGGCCCCUGUGGCCCCAGGAGUACCUCAGCAACGUGGUGGUGGAUCGAGACGUGAGCCUGCACAGCUGGCGGCUCAGCUGGGAGACCCGGCUGCACUUCGAUGACCCCACAUACAUCAGCACCCACUACGGCCAGGUGCUGCAGGACUACCUGCAGGGCAGGCUGUUGGUCAGCGCCCAGGCAGACACCCAGCUGGCCAGGCUGGCUGCCUUGCAGCACCUCAGCAGGGCGCUCUCGGAGCCCCCCUCAGAGCAAGACCUACUGGCUUACUUGCCAAAGCAGCUGCAAUGGCAGGUGAACAUGGCCACCAUGAAGAGCCUGACGGGCCAGGAACUGAGGCAGCUGCAAGGAUGUAGCUCCCAGGAAGCACAGAUCAGCUUCAUCGAGGCCGCAAGUGUGCUGCCCCUCUUCGGCUACACGGUCUUCGUGGUGCUGCGGGUGAGCGAGCUGGGCCUGCCCGGACCCGGCCUCCUGGGGCUGAGCCGCCAGCACCUCAUCCUCAUGGAGCCCCGCUCCCAGGAGCUGCGCUGCUCCAUCGCCCUGAGGGACCUGCAGCAGCUCCACCUGCUGAGCCCAGCGGAGGCUGAAGGGUCCCCCGGCCUGGAACUCAACUACGGCUCGGCUGACAGCCCCCAGACCAUCUGGUUUGAGCUGCCGCAGGCCCAGGAGCUGAAGCACACCAUCACCUUCCUGCUGGCCGGCGACCCGCCUUCGGUUUAGUGGCCCAGCUUUACCCAAGAGGACUGGGGGAGGGGCGGAGAUGGGGACGGGAACCCUCUCUGGCCCAAGUCUCACCCGGACGGUCUCCCUUGGGUGCUCUCAGGCCAUUUGGGGUUGGACUUUGCCACUUGGCUGUUCUGGAACCUGCCGCAGCACCGCCCAGCUGGCCCACACACAUGGCGGCCACGAAGCUGGGGCUGCUAGAGUGACUUCAGCUGGGAAAGAGUCGCAAGCCUCCCUCUGGGGUGGACCUGGCCUGGGGUGGGGCUGCAGGAACUUGGCCCAGGUGUCUAAUGUUGCCCAUUCCGGGGGACAUGCCCACCUGGCCUCUGGCCCAAUAUCAGCACAAGCCCAGACUGGGGAGAAGCAGCUGCUGAGGAAAUAAAACCGCAAGAGAA